CCACUUUUCGCAGUCUUCAUCUGUCUCCGGCGCGUCUAUAAAUGAAGCAUCGGCCUAUUUUGAUGGCUACUAGCUUGGUGGUACUCGGAAAGGAGUGUAUUUGAACGAAAAGCCCGGCUCUUGGAGGAGUUUCCCUUUUUUAUCAUUUCUUGUUUGAGGUUUCUCCUCCUCCUUCUGGCUUUAAUCAUAUCAGAUUUGUUGAAAGGAUCUGAAAAAGUUAUUGCUGCAUCUGAAGAUGGGAACUUGGCGGACACCAAUGCUUGGAAUUCUGUUCCUGAUGUGCUGGGCGGCAACCAUACAAGCAGAGUACAUGAAAUACAAAGACCCCAACCAGCCAGUGAAUGUUCGAGUCAAAGAUCUGAUGAAGCGCAUGACUCUUGCUGAAAAAAUUGGUCAGAUGACACAGAUCGAGCGAAAAGAUGCCUCACCUCAAGUCUUGAAGGACUACUUAAUUGGUAGCAUUCUUAGUGGUGGGGGAAGUGUUCCUGCUCCUCAGGCAUCUGCUAAGGACUGGGUUAAUAUGAUAAAUGAAUACCAGAAAGCUUGCCUGUCGACACGAUUGGGAAUUCCCAUGAUUUAUGGGAUUGAUGCUGUUCAUGGCCACAAUAAUGUCUAUAAUGCAACCAUAUUCCCUCAUAAUGUUGGUCUUGGAGCCACAAGGGAUCCCGAUCUUGUAAAGAGGAUUGGCGUGGCAACUGCUCUUGAAGUCAGAGCAACAGGCAUUCCUUACACUUUUGCGCCAUGUAUCGCGGUUUGUAGAGAUCCAAGGUGGGGCAGGUGCUAUGAGAGUUACAGUGAGGAUCACAGGGUUGUGCAGGCAAUGACCCAAAUUAUUCUUGGUUUACAGGGAGAUAUCCCCGCAAACUACACAAAGAACUUCCCUUAUGUUUCCGGAAAGAAGCAUGUUGCAGCUUGCGCCAAGCACUUUGUUGGUGAUGGUGGGACACAAAAAGGAAUCAAUGAGAAUAAUACUAUUAUCGACUUCCAUGGACUCCUCAGCAUCCAUAUGCCUGCUUAUUAUGACUCCGUCGCAAAGGGUGUGUCCACAAUCAUGGCAUCUUAUUCAAGUUGGAAUGGAAUUAAAAUGCAUGCCAACCGUUACCUAAUCACUGACUUCCUCAAGAAGAAGCUUGGUUUCAAGGGAUUCGUGAUCUCAGACUGGCAGGGCAUAGAUCGGAUCACCACUCCACCUGAUGCAAAUUACACUUACUCCGUUCAAGUGUCAGUAAACGCUGGUAUCGACAUGGUGAUGGUUCCAGAUGACUAUCCUGGGUUCUUCAAUACUCUGACAACUCUGGUUAAUGCCAAAGUGAUCCCCAUGAGCCGAAUUGAUGAUGCUGUAAGAAGGAUCUUGCGGGUGAAGUUUGUCAUGGGUCUUUUCGACAAUCCUCUGGCUGACUACAACUUGGUUGAUCAGCUUGGAAAGAAGGAGCACAGGGAGUUGGCAAGGGAAGCUGUAAGGAAAUCACUUGUGCUGCUGAAGAAUGGAAAGUCUAGUAAGAAGCCAUUGCUGCCACUGCCAAAGAAGGCCGGGAAGAUUCUUGUUGCUGGAAGCCAUGCAGACAACCUUGGCUACCAGUGUGGUGGUUGGACCAUAGAGUGGCAAGGAAGUAGUGGAAGAAUCACUGGUGGUACCACGAUCCUGGAGGCCAUCAAGUCCACAGUAGAUCCAUCAACCAAUGUAGCGUUCUCUGAGAACCCUGAUGCCGGCUUCGUUAAGAGCAACAACUUCUCCUAUGCCAUUGUCGUCGUCGGGGAGCCGCCCUACUCUGAGACUGCUGGAGACAGCCUCAACCUCACCAUUCCUGAGCCUGGGCCGAGCACAAUCCAAUCUGUGUGCGGCGCGGUGAAGUGCGUGGUGGUUAUCAUCUCCGGCAGGCCCGUGGUCGUCGAGCCGUAUGUGCCCCUGAUGGACGCGCUUGUGGCUGCCUGGCUGCCGGGAUCCGAAGGCCAAGGGGUCGCUGACGUGCUCUUCGGGGACUUCGGCUUCACCGGGAAGCUGCCUCGCACUUGGUUCAAGUCGGUGGACCAGCUCCCCAUGAACGUUGGUGACAAGAACUACGACCCCCUGUUCCCGUUUGGUUUUGGGUUGACAACGUCAACAGUGUAGGGUCUUGAGUAGCAGCGAAGAAUCUAGAAUCGGAUCCGGCAUCAUUCUAUAUAUAUAUAAUCAACGUUGAUUUGCUCAUCCAUCCAAACUUCUGUGAACUUGCAUGUAUGUAUAUGUUGAUCUUGAUUAAUGGAAUUUCUAAGAGAUGUGGCCUAUUGGAAGGAUUCAA